AUGAAGGAGUCGGAGGUUCUCGAAAAACAGUACAAAUCCUUGGACGAAGAUGGAAACGGUCAAGUCGACUUUGAAACCUACCGUAGUUCAAUCAGCAUCACCCUGAACAAGCACUACAGUAAAAUGUCCGAGAACCAAAAGGAAACGAUCAUCAAACAAGGCUUCAAAGAUCUCGACGCCAACGGAGACGGAGUGAUCACAAAGGAAGAGUUUGUCAAUCGACUCAGCUCUGUUCAAAAAUGA